UUGUGCAUUUCCGUUUUCUUAGGACAUUUGUCAAUGUGUAGACGUAAACAAUGAAAAUACUGUUCUAUUUCGCCUCUUUAUUAGUCUUAGUGCUUACAAAAGAGGACCUAAGUGGAUUAGAUCAGUAUCUUCAAGAUCCCAAUUUUUGGCAAUUCGUGGAAAAACGCCUGGGUUCAAAGAAUGACAUUGAGCCGAAGGCCCCUGCCGAAUCUCCGUCGAAAGUGAAAGAUCAGUAUGAUCCAUUUGGGGAUCAUUCCGAUGGUGACACUUCAGCUGCAAAGAAUGACAAGACGCCUGAACACCGGGAUGAUUUGAUGGAAGAUACGCUAGGAAACCUUUGUCAAUACAGACCUAAUGCAAGCUUGAUUAUUCGUUCCAAGGCCUCAAUCAACAAUGGUGCUUUCUUCUUGAAGUCAUUUAACAGAAGAACACAGAAAGAAUGUGUUAAUGCUUGUUGUUACACACAAAGCUGUAAUUUAGUUGUGUAUGAAAACAAGGAUGAGCACAGCUGUUAUCUAUUUAAUUGUGGAACACCGAGUAAAUGCUUAUUUGCUGAACAUGCAAAUUACACAUCACUGUUUUUCCCCAAUCAUGUUGCUCCAAGUACCUCAAUCAAUGGACAUCAAGAACAACAUGAAAACGAAUUGGAGGGGCUAAAUUCUAAGGUGACUCUCAAACCAACAACACAAGCUCCUAGAAGAAAGGUUCCUCUUUACGGGAAAUGUGAUAUUGAUUGGAAUGAUGAAUGCAGUGAUAGAAAUGCCGAAUGCAGGGACAGGGAAUGCAAAUGUUCAUAUGGAUAUCAUGCUAAAUAUGGAAUCUGUAGGGCUAAUUGUCCAGAGUCUGAGUUUGAAUGUGAAAACAAAGGUCAAAGAGUCAAUGUCCCAGAAUGCAUAUCAAGGGAACAUGUAUGUGAUGGCCAACCCCAGUGCGCCGAUGGUUCUGAUGAAAACAAAUGUCCAGAUACAGCAUUGACAACAACAACUUCAACUUCAACAACGACGACAACAACUCCUAAACCAGUGACAACUAAAUCCUCCCAGCAGAAUGUUAACAAUCUGGGAGUGAAUGACCAGAUACUACCUCAGUAUUUCCCCACUAAUCUGAACAAGUUACCAACUGGAUCAGAUUUAUAUAAUGGUAACGGUUACUACUGGCCGUCUGGAUAUGGCCGGAUGUAUGGAUCCCAAAGUUAUCCCUAUGGUAGAUUCCAGCCUGGAGCUCAGUACCCAUUUGAUCCUCGAUUUUACAACUCGUAUGAUAGCAGUGGAAGACAAUUUGGGAAUGGUUACUUAGAUCCAGUCAGAGGAUAUUAUGACAAGUCAGUUCCUGAUAGCAAGAGUGUCAGUUCCCAGACUGGAUCAGGUAAUGGAAGGGCAGGAAGUCCAAAAUCAGAUCAUUCCAAUGAAAAACUGAUUCCCAUCUCCCAAGGCAGAGAUGGAGCAUCAGCUAUGAGUAGCAGUGGUAAAAAAGGUUCAGACUUUAAGCAGAAGAUCCAGGUGAAGACAACAGAAAAGCCAACAACAGUUAGUCCAACCUCAAGGCAAGCCACCACCAGGGGGAGCUUUAACACAUGGAAGAUUUCAAAUCAACAAACUGAUUGGGAUAAGACAAGUAAAGACACCACUGGUUGGAGGGGAAAUUUUGACAAGGAUUCUCAGAAACAAAUUAAUCAUGAUAUUCCAAGUUGGAAAAGUGAUGAAGGAACACAGAAAUCUGCACAAGAGAGUCAGAAUAAAUGGGAAAAUGUGAUGGAUUCAUCUCAGAAUACUAAAUAUGACCAGGUCUUGGAUAAUACAGACAAGAGUUUAGGAAAAGGUCCAUUAAAACAACAUACUUCCUCAGAUAAGAUGGACUGGCAAAAGUCCUUUCAUGUUAAGCAACAAACAAAAGGAGGUACUGCUGAUAAAAUACAAACAGGAAAACAGGAUCUACCAGUGUUACAAAGUGGUUCAGAUAAACAGAGGAACUGGAAUCAGCAUACAGAGUCCAGUAUGGAUAACAAUGACAAAACAGACAUUGAGGCAGGCAUGAAGGGAGGUCAAGUGGAUGAGAGCAAAGGGAGGGUGAGUGAGGGAAGAUCAGAAAGUGGUGAAUCAAAGGAUAAAACUAGUGGUGGAUAUCAAGGAAAAUCAGAUAGGUGGCAUCAGCACCAGGGAUGGACUGCGGGAAGAAAUAAAGACAUGGGUCAAACAAGUAAUAGACAUAAGGGUCAGGAUAACAGAAAUGGGAAAGGUCAUCCACAGGAAAGAACAAGGGGAGGAUCAAAGGGAAGGAAAGGUGGUGGGUACCAUAGAAAACAAAAUGUUGAUAAUACUUCAAGUAGACUUACUGACAAUACCAACAAGGGUUUCAAAUCAAAACAACAAAUCAAGCCACAGAACACAGACUAUGACAAUUAUUUUCAAGAGAGUUCUCAAAAUAGGCAAAAUGUUGCUGGACCAAAAAAGCAGGGAUACAGGAAACCAGCAUACAAAAGCCAGAAACCCCAAAACUAUCAGUACUAUGAUGGUUAUCGUCCAGACCCAUACUGGAAUUAUGACUAUUAUAACUACAACGAUCACUCCGACAAGAAGUACCCCUCCCCUUAUGACCAGACUGACUCAGAUAAUGACAGAAAUUGGUUCAACAACAAACCAGAUUCUGAUGAUGAUGACAAUGAUGACGACGAUGAUAAUGGAAAUAAACAGAAACCCACUCCAAAGGUACCGCCAAAACCCACACCAAGACCAACACAGAAAAUUAAAACAACACAAGCUCCUGAAAUAAAACACGUAGACCCUACAGCGGGGAAGAUAAAGCCAGGGGGAGCUAACUCUGCAAGCACUACUGACAAAAAGCCUCAGGUAUCCAGCUCCAAGACUGAGAAAAUACAAACAUCCAAGAAAAAUUCCACAGAUUCCAAAGUCCCUGAUAGUGAAGGAUUGCUGGAGGAGGCUGUUCAGACCCACGUGGUGGUGGAGAGCCCCACAGACAGUCACCAGGGGCCAAUUGUCGCCCUGGCCCUGGGGCUCGGCAUCACUGUUAUACUCUUGUUCUUUGUGGGUUGUCGGCUUAGAAAUGUUAAAAGACGCAUUAGGAAAGGAAGGGCUCUUCAUUCCAAUGAAGCAGAUUAUUUAAUUAAUGGAAUGUACUUAUAAAAUGACACUACUUUGGGAUUGGUAAAUUAUUCAAUAAUCAUUUGUUCAGAAAAGUUACCUACUAUUCACUUUGAAUUGGGAAGGGGUCAUAAAUCAAAAAAAAAUUACUGAUAUUGAAAACAAAUACAUGUGUAUUUCAAAACUGUCUUUCAAAAAAUUUUUUUAUCAUGGUUCCCAGUUACAGUUAGUUUUAACUAGGGAUGCGCGAUUUUAUCGGUAUACCGGUAUAUCGCGAUUUUUUAUUGUGUGAUACGUAUCGUGAUAUGGAGACUAAAAUACCGGU